UUCAUCAGCCUCUUCGGUUUCAUCCUGAUAAGUUCAACAUGUUUAGGCCCGUUGUCCUGGUUGCUCUGAUUGUGUACGUGUUGGGUGAGGAGCGGCCACAGAUUGACGCCGUCGCCCCAGCAGCACGAGAUUGUGACAUCAGCAAAAUGACUUACAGUUAUUACUCUCGGAAGUACGAAUUGAGGAUGGCGGACCCAUGUGCGGUGAAGUUGUGCACAAAAGAUGGCAAACAUGACAUUACCUUAACUUGCCCUGAAACGUAUCAACAUGACAGCGGCUGUGUCGAUUCACAAUCCGGCGCGCCCGGUAAAUGUUACAUGGCCCUUCAGACCAAUAAGCAGGGUGUCUUUCCCAUAUGCUGCCCAAAGUAUAAAGAGAUGUGCGAGGGACAAGCCGGAUUCGACCCUAGCAGGGUCAAGGACUGUUACCCUCAGGAAGAUGUGCUUCUGCCCCCGGGACAUUGAUUGCAAACUUUAUGACCUUAUGUCAUGAAGAUGGCUGCAAAAAUUUCUGGACCUUCUGGUGAACAGACCGCGCAAUGACGCACCAUUCUUCUGUAAAUUGGCCAAUUUGUGUGUGAAAAAAGCCUCUAAAUGUUUUUGUAGAGCUCAAAAACCUUUAUUUCUAUUUCUAAGAGUGUAUGCUAUACAUGAAUGGGUUAGAAAAAACUCUUAAAAACAUGCUUUUGAUAAACAUCUGCAUGAAUAUAGUGAGAUUUGUUUUACGAUGAUGUUACCUUUUCAUCUUCAAGGAUUUGAUUCUUUCCUGAAAAUAUUUCGCAGCUUCUUCACAAGAAGGUCCAGCCACAGGUUACAUCCCUGGGCUACAUCAAAAAGAAGGUUAAAGUGAUUUUCAGAUAGAUCUGGCCAAAGUUUCUUCUUCGGGGUACUUCGCUGACCUCAUGUCACUAAACUGUCAUAGUGUGAUCACGAAUAGUAAUGCAGCAACCGGGCAGCCGGUGUCAUAGUUGACCGGCUUUUUAGCUGACACCGUGAAAGAGGACUGGCUAGACCUACCCUAGUAUUGUGAAACACCACCAGGCUAUCUUUUGGUCAAAGUGAUCUUGUCACAUUCCUGAGUUCUCCAAAGUACCUUUGGCCAGAACGAUAUGAAAAACACUAUUUAUACAUGUACAUUGAAUUCUGAUGGCCCAGGGAAAUAAACUUUAGUGCGAGUCAGAACAGAUAUGGUAUUAAGUGAGGGAAAGCAACGAAUCGGAUGUUAUGCGAUGAUAGCUUGAUACCAUACGUCCCCGCGAGGUGGCCACACGGGGCAAUUUCAUUUUCGUUAUCCACCUUGUAAUUUCUGUAAGUUAAAGUCAGCGGGACAAAGAAACCUGCUAACUGUUAAUAAAAGUUGCCUCUUUCAUUCGUUACUGACACAAUUCGAUCAUUAUUGUACACUUGCUGAUUUAAUUCAACAGAUAAGUCGACGUCCCAACUCUGGAAAAUACGUUUCGUUGUGUACGUAUUUUGGUUCUGAAGGUUGCGAGUGGGUUACUCCUCUUCCCAGUUACGGGGCAGAGUCUACACGCGACAUUCGUUCUUGUCCCCUUUUUUACAGAAAUUGGGCAUCAAACAAAAAGCAAUGACACAUAAAGUAGCUGCUUGGCAUCCAAUCCGCCCUCUGAUGUCUGAUUUUUAAACUUCGUGAAAAAUUAAAUAAAUGCAUAGACUGAA